AUGUAUCGCCACUUUGGUUUUUCUCUCGAGUGUUUGCUUAGUGCUCUAGAAGUAGAACAUAAAAAAUUCUUUAUGGAAGUAGUUGGUAGCUAUAGUCUAUCUAAAGUUGAGACUGUACUGUUAUGUUUUAGGAAGAACAUUAAAAAGUCCAAAGAAAAUUAUAACGUAAAAAAGGAAAUUGUAAAACUUUGUAGUCAUUUUGAGAAUAUAAGUUUGCAAAAUAAAUCUUCACUAAAAGAAAUUGAAAGAAUCAUUAAUGUGCAAUCACGUUCAAAAAGGAAAAACUCUUAUCCCAUAUCGAAUAACGAUGACAAUGAGGUAAUAGAAAAUGAAAUGGCAUUGUAUUUAAAUCAAUCCCUAGAUGAUUACGUUAAAUUAACUAUAAAAAAUGAUUGUGAUUUCAAGUUAAUGAUUAAAGAGAAACCUAAAUUAAAAGAUGAAAACAACAUUAAGAGAAAUCUAAAAAGUAUUAAUUGCAAUUCCAAUAUGUUAGAUUUCAAAGAAAAUAAGAAAGAAUCUAGCCAAAAUGAUAAUUUAAAAUGUUCAACAAACGAAUGCCUCGAUGUCGAACAGAAACCCAGAAUAUGUAUAAACUCUGUGCCACAGUUAAAUGAGGUAAAAAAUGACCUGAAAUCGUUAUUGAUAAUGUUGGCUGUAAAUUCAAAUACGGAUGAAAAUACCGAACAUGAUAAUACUCUCCAAGAAACAAAACUUUUUGAAGGAGAUGCUAGGGAAAAUAUUUAUGAAGAGAUUGAUUCGACGCAUUCAAAGUUUGAGUUGCCAAAUGACUUAAUUCCUUUUUUAAAUAUAAUUCCCAUACGUAAAGAUUCAACGAAUCGUGAAAGGUAUAUAACAAAUAAAUAUAUUAAGAAAUGGCAAUCGUACGUAACUGCAAAGAAAGAAAAUCUUGUUCUGAAUCAGAGACAAGAGACACUUAAGAGUUUUUUUGAUAAACUAUCUAAGAAGAAAAAUAAAGUAAUAAAUAAUGCAGAAUCGACACAAAAGGCAAAAUUAGUGGCUCGUGACUAUGAUACAUAUCAGCACAGGUACAAGGUACAAAAACAUAUUAUUGCACUGCAAAAAAGUAAACUAGAAGAGCAGAACAAACUUAUAGAACAGCUAAAGUAUAAUAAUAUUGUUGAAGCUACGCGGCAGUCACUCGAUACUAUGAGGGAAGAUGUUCGAAAAACAUACUACGAAAUUGAUAAACACUUAAAGCCGAAAAUUAAGUGUUUGACGAACGAACUAAAAUUGAGCAAAAUUGAAGAUUCAUCUUUAGUACUUCACUGUUUAAAAGUUCCACAAUUUAUACAAAGAAUGGAAGCAAGAGCGCGAGCAAGAGAAGAAAAACAUGCGUUGAUACGAGAACGGAGGAAACAAAUAGAAGAGGAACGUAUUAAACAAAAACAACAGGCUGAACUAGCAAAAUUGGAGAUCGACAAAGAAGAAAAAAUGAAAAAGAUGAAAGAAUUGAAAGAGAAGAGAAGAAGGGAAAAAAUCGAGAAUAUAAGAAGAAAAAAGCAUGUUGAAAGACUGAGAGCUUUAAUAGUAAUGGCAGACUUACACUAUGAAAGAUAUUUGAUGAAAAAAUAUGGAAUUAGGCCUCUAAGACGAUUAAUUGAAAUAAAACACGAGAACAUAGAAAAGGCUAAUGCUCAUUACAGAAUUCACUUGUUAAAUAAUGUAUUUUUACACUGGAUGUGGUAUACGGAGGAUAUGUGGUUUGAAAGAAAUUAUAAAGCUGAAGAUUUGUAUAGGAAGAAAAUGUUAAAGAAAAUUUUUGACGGAUUUAAGAAGAAUCACCACGAACUUGUAUUAAAAAAACAGGUAGCUCUAGAUUACUACGAUUUAUAUGUAACACAAAUAGUCUUCAAAAAGUUCUGCAAGGGUAUUGCGAUAAUAAAAAAAGAAUUGGAACAGAAAUGGCAAAAAGCUGUGGUCUACUAUAACGGUAAUAUUUUAUUCAAAACAUUUACAUGUUGGCGAACAUUGCCGGCUUUGAACGCGUUAAAAAGGGAACAAGAUGCCAGGAAAUUAAGAUGGAGAGAAAAAGUUUUACUAGUUGUACCAGACUACAAGCCACCUGAAGAUUAAUUGACAUAUAUUUUU